AUGGCUUCUCCGGCCAAAGGCAGUGACUUGUUUUCGUCGGAUGAAGAGGGCCCCGCGGUGUUGGCCGGCCCGGGCCCGGGGCCUGGGGGAGCCGAGGGCGGCGCGGAGGAGCGCAGGGUCAAGGUCUCCAGCCUGCCCUUCAGCGUGGAGGCGCUCAUGUCCGACAAGAAGCCGCCCAAGGAGACGCCCGCCGUGCCACCCGACUGCCCAUCGGCUGGCGCGGUGCUGCGGCCGCUGCUGCUGCCGGGACACGGCGUCCGGGACGCGCACAGUCCCGGGCCUCUCGUCAAGCCCUUCGAGACCGCCUCGGUCAAGUCGGAAAAUUCCGAAGACGGAGCGGCGUGGAUACAGGAGCCCGGCAGAUACUCCCCGCCGCCCAGACACAUGAGCCCCACCACCUGCACCCUGAGGAAACACAAGACCAACCGGAAGCCACGUACACCCUUCACCACAUCCCAGCUUCUAGCCCUGGAGCGCAAGUUCCGCCAGAAACAGUACCUCUCCAUUGCCGAGCGGGCCGAGUUCUCCAGCUCGUUGAACCUUACAGAAACACAGGUCAAAAUCUGGUUCCAGAACCGAAGGGCUAAGGCGAAAAGACUGCAGGAGGCGGAACUGGAAAAGCUGAAAAUGGCUGCCAAACCUAUGCUGCCCUCCGGCUUCAGUCUGCCUUUCCCUAUCAACUCACCCCUGCAAGCGGCUUCCAUAUAUGGAGCAUCCUACCCCUUCCAUAGACCUGUGCUUCCCAUCCCGCCUGUUGGACUCUAUGCCACACCGGUUGGAUAUGGCAUGUACCAUCUAUCCUAA